CAAGUCCCAGGGUGCGCCGCGCGUGACCUUAGCAACCGCUCGGCCCCUUCUCCCCUCCCCCACCUGCUGAAGGGGAAAGAAGAAGAAGAAGCAGCAGCAGCAGUAGCAGAAGGGAGGAGGAGAAAGGAGCCAGUCCUCGGUGCCGAGCCUCGGAUGUGCUGCUAAAGGAGAGAUUUGCAAAUUUACGCUCUUGCGCUGCACUGCUAUUUUUGCAUUGGCAUUUUUGCAAAAGAAAACUAUUAAUUUCUCAGUGAGAGAGAAAACUUAUUUGUGCAGUUCUUGUUUUCCUUUUUCUUUUUUAAAAAAGGGGAGGGGGGUUGCAUUGAACUGCAAAAACAGGCCGAAUGUUUAGGAAUGGCUGAAGAGAACAACAAGGGUCUCCAACCCAAGGGCGGUGGUAGGAUAAAGAAGACUGCAGUUGCUGAAGAAGAAGGGGGAGAAGAGGAAGGAGAGGAGGAGGAGGAGGAAGAAGACGAAGAGGGGGAGGAGGAGGAAGAGGAAGGGGAGCUGAGCCUGGUUAAAGCCAUGCAGCAGUGCGAACUGAACCAGGACAUGAUCGACAUCAGCAUCUCCAAUCUGGAGGGGCUCAGGACCAAAUGCGCCGCGUCCAACGACCUGACGCAACAGGAGAUCCGCAUGCUUGAGGUGAAACUUGUCAAAUAUAUCAGUAAACAGUUGCAGUGCAAGCGCAAGGUACCACCCAGUGAAAGAACCUCUAAAUUGGAGAGCUAUCCUCGACUAAGUGACUGGUUCCAUACCAUUAACUUAAGAAAAGAAAUAUUACAGGAGGUUCCAGGUAACCUAACGCUUGAUACCUUGCUGAAUAUGUCGGAUACGAAAGUCUGUGAAGCCAUGAAGAGAUAUGGAGCCAAUCCUGACGAAUGUAGCCGACUAAAUGCUGCCCUCUCCUGCUUGAGGAAUAUAAAUGACUCUGGCGGUGAGUUGCAAGAAGAUGCUCUUCCUUGGACUUCAACUGAAACAAGGCGAGAAAGCAACCCCGCGCUACCUCCAGAGUUGAUUUCUUCUGCUGGAUCCAGACAGCCACACAGCCCUUCACCUAUUCCCAGACUAAUUCAUCCACAACCACGUUCAGUCUCUGUUUCUGUUAUUCCUAGUUCGGAUUAUGCCUACUUGCCAAAUCGGUCAGAUUAUUUAGUGGACCCCUUUUCACAAUCCCCUCUACCAGGCCGACGAACGUCAGGACCUCAAACCAUUAUGACUACGCCACCGGCCACUCCUCCAUCAAAGAAGAAAUAUCGGUUUAAACCACCACGAACUCCACCACCACCUUCUCGGAAACUCAUUCAGCUUUUUCCUGGUUUCUCAGGACUUACCAGAAGUAAAUCUCAUGAAUCUCAACUGGGCAAUAGAAUAGAUGACGUACCAACAAUUAAGUUCGGUAAGAAAAACAAGUUUUUUCUCAAUCUGAACAUCAAUGGCAGUGGCACCAGCUGUGACGAUAUCGUGUCCCGAUCCCCCUUAUUACCAUGUAGGCCUUUCUUUUCUCCGUCUAUCGGAAGUUCUUACUGUCUUCCCUCAACGCCUUGUCCAUCUGAUGACCACAGUUCUCCUAAAAACUCGUUACAUGUACCACGAGGAUCCCCUCAGAUGCAACACAGGGAUUUUGGGCUCUCCAUUACACAUAGGUUUUCAACAAAAUCCUGGCUCUCUCAGACAUGUCAAGUUUGUCAAAAAAACAUGAUGUUUGGCGUGAAGUGCAAACACUGUAGAUUAAAGUGCCACAACAAAUGCACAAAAGAAGCUCCUCCAUGCCGGAUUUCAUUUCCCCAAAUAUCAAAAAUGAGAAGAACCGAGUCUGUACCAUCUGAUAUAAAUAAUUCUGUGGAUAGACCUGGGGAGCCUCAGUUUGCUACUCUUCCAAAGGUACCUCAUAAAAAGGAUCACGCUCCUUUAGAUUCCAGCAGCAACCCAUCUUCCACAACAUCUUCAACGCCAUCUUCUCCAGCACCCUAUCAGUCUUCCAAUCCUCCCAGUGCAACUCCACCCCCAAACCCUUCGCCGAAAGGUCACAAAGACAGGUUCAAAUUUCCAGCUGCGUACUACUUUCAUCAUAGACAACAGUUUAUCUUCCCUGAUGUUCCUAGCCCUACGUUGCAUGUCACCCUGCAGCCUGACAGCUCUGAACACACUAAUCCAGUGGAGGAAACUGAAUCAGAAGCCGUUGAAGAUGUAGAUGCAGAGAAUGAAGAUCGGGCCCUCGAAGAUGAGGAGGCUAGCAAGUCAGAAUUGGAGUAUGAGACUGAUGAGGUGGACGAUUUGCCAAGUACGAGACCCCAUUGGAAGGGGCCGAUUUUCCGCAAGGCCAGCCAGACGAGUGUCUUCUUGCAAGAAUGGGACAUCCCCUUUCAUGAAUUGGAGGUCGGAGAACUUAUUGGCCAAGGGGGUUUUGGCAAAGUUCACAAAGGACGCUGGCACGGAGAAGUGGCAAUUAGGUUGUUGGAGAUUGAUGGCAACAACCAGGAUCACCUGAAAUUGUUCAAGAAAGAAGUGAUGACUUAUCGUCAAACCAGGCAUGAAAAUGUGGUACUCUUCAUGGGAGCCUGUAUGCACCCCCCUCAUUUAGCCAUUAUUACAAGUUUCUGUAAAGGACGAACACUCUUCUCAUUUGUAAGAGAUUCCAAAACCACACUGGAUAUUAAUAAGACGAGGCUAAUUGCACAGGAAAUUAUAAAAGGGAUGGGGUACCUUCAUGCAAGGGGCAUUGUGCACAAGGAUUUGAAAUCAAAGAAUAUCUUUUAUGACAAUGGAAAAGUUGUCAUCACAGACUUUGGGCUAUUUGGUAUAUCUGGCGUGGUGCAAGAGGACAGGAGAGAGAAUGAGUUGAAGCUGCCAAAUGGAUGGUUGUGCUAUGUGGCACCUGAAAUAGUCCAGGAAAUGUAUCCAGGCAAGGAUGAAGAUAAGCUCCCCUUUUCAAAGGCAGGAGAUGUAUAUGCAUUUGGAACUAUCUGGUAUGAACUCCAAGCUAGGGAUUGGCCAUUGAAGAACCAACCUGUGGAGGCAAUAAUCUGGCAAGUUGGCAGUGGGGAAGGAGUCCAGAAUCUUUUGGCUCAGAUUUCCUUUGGAAAAGAAAUAACGGAAAUUCUCUCCACGUGCUGGUGUUAUGAUCCACGUGAAAGACCGACCUUCUCUCAGCUGAUGGACAUGCUUGAAAAACUGCCAAAGCUGAACAGGCGACUUUCUCACCCAGGCCACUUCUGGAAAUCUGCAGAGUUGUCAUUCUGAAAAAAAGAAACUGCAUCAAGUAGUUGUAGCAGUUGGUGCAAAAUCUGGGUCGGCCCUGCAUGCAUCCAAAUUCUCUCCCCUGUGAUACAGCAACUUUGGCAAUCAUUUCCAUCAUUACAUUUUCCAAAAGUAACCUUCGGAGACGUCCUAAUAAUUAGCCCUACCCUUCCCGAGCUCCUUAGCCUCUCUGACUUUCUUUCUCUGGGCUGAUGGCUUCAAAGAUAACCUUGUUUGCAGAAAGCCACCAUACUAAUGGAAUGAGCCUGGGUACUCGGAUAUACUUCCAACACAAAAAAAAGGUCUGCCACUGAACUGGGUUUGCUUUUACCACUGACUAUACUAAUGCUACACAAAUGCUGAGGAAGCAUACAAAUUAUUUGCACUGUGCUGUGUUUUAUACUUUCAAGGUUGUUAAUUGAUGAUUAGCCAUGGUACAACAAUUUAUUUAUAGCUUGAAUGUUCUGUGGCUAUUUAUAGGUUGGAUGUUUUUUUUUUACUCCACUCGCUUUCCCUGCAGUGAUUACAUUUUUUGAAAAGUAUGUUAACGAGUUUAUUUCUCAUGUUCUCUUUCAGCGUAAAUAAUAGCUAAGAUCUCACGGUUUGAAAGACUUGACCCAGGGAACUGUGGAACAACCAAGCAAUCAGAAGCUUUAGUAUUGUUAUUCGUAUUAGUUCAUGAGCUAUCUGGCAGUGAUAUUAUACUUGAAAUUCCUCAGUUUAUCAAAAAAAACAACUUGUUUUGAUUCUUUUUUUAUUCUGUGCAGCAAUUUUGAUGGUGAAUGAAAAGAGGAAAGGAAAGGGCUCAUGAAAGGACGGAGAUUAAAUCAAGUGCCUGAUCCAUCCAUCUUUGUACACCACUUGAGGGAUGGGGGUGUUUAUGUAAAUUUUUUGAAAUGCUGGAAAUGUGAAAUGAAAACAGAAAAUCUGGAAUGUUCAGUAGGUCGGGCAGCUUCUGUGGGUAAAUAAUCGUUUAGGCUUGUCAGAAACGGGUAAGAGGGUUAAAAGGAUAGUUUGAAGUAAAUGCAUAUACGUUCACAAAAACUUUCUUGUAGUUCUUUCCACACACAGGGGUAUAUUGAUGGCACUAUACUUAAUGUACCCACACGUAGAAAGUCUGCACAACAACUUCCUGUACGUAACAGAAUAGCAUAGUGAAAUGUAUUUGAAAUGCUUUUCAGCGGCAUUUUAUCCAUUGUUUUAAUUAAACUUCAACCCGACUAAGGCCAGUGUGAUUAUGGGAAUGUGCUUUCUUUAGAUGCCUCCAAACCUGAAAUCAAUAUAUUUAGUGGGGUAAAUUCGGAGCCAAGAUGGAACUGUUACCAGAGUUUCAUUGCUGAACAGUCGCCAAAUGAUCUUGACCAUUGCAAUGAAAAGAUGAAGCAAUAUUUUGAUGAGGUCUAUUUAGUUAAACUUUUUUUUUAGUUGAUAAAGGGUUUUUAAAGAUGUACAUUUUAAACGUGUCCACCAAAUGUUACAAUGUAUUAUGUUGUCAUGACUAGAAAUGAUGAGUGUAUGAAAGGCAUCCUGUUCAGAUUCCCUUUCAUCCUUUUGAUUCAAACUGCAGUGAGAAACGGAUUUUAUGUUCUGCAUUAUUCAUCGAUAAUCUUUUUUGAACUACUUAUGCCUGACCAGUUUCCGGAGGAAAGUUCCUGUAGUUUUUGUUACGUUGUGAAAUGGCCUUUAAUUCCAGUUCAGUCCUCUUUCCUAACCACGCUAGAGCUCCUGACUUACAGCGCCAGAGACCCGGGUUCGUUCUUGACCACGGGUGCUGCCUGUACGUAGUUUGUACGUUCUCCCCGUGACCUGCAUGGCUUUUCUCCGAGAUCUUUGACUUCCUCCCACACUCCAAAGUCCUACAGGUUUGUAGGUUAAUUGGCUUGGUAUAAAUGAUAAAUUGUCCCUAGUGUGUGUGUAGGGUAGUGUUAAUGUGUGGAGAUCGCUGGUCGGCGCUGACUCGGUGGGCCGAAGGGCCUGUAUGCGUGCAGUAUCUCUAAACUAAACUAAGUUAAACUGAACUUGCUAGUGAAAGGAUAGAGGCCUGAGAAAUUCUGGUGUGUACGUUUUACAUAACCCACACAAGCACAAGGUUGCAUGAAUUCUGAGCCCUUGAUUCUGAGUUAUCACAUCAUAAAGCUCCACAUCCUAUAAUUUAAACCCUUUCGUAUUUAUUGCGUACACAAGGUUGCAUUCAAAAAGUCUGCAUUUGAUUCCAAUAUCCAGGGAAAGCCAUACAGUAACUGAGUCCUGUAUCCUGAGGUCAAGUUUGAUGCUGAUGACUAAUCGAUAAAUAAAACCGUGUUCUGCGAGUGUUUACAUAUAAACCAAAUUCUUUCUAAUGUGAAACCAGUAUCAGAGGUACAGGUGUCAGAGGUUAUGGUGGGAAAAGGUAGGAGAAUGGGGUUAGGAGGGAGAGAUAGAUCAGCCACAAUUGAAUGGUGGAGUAGACUUGAAGGGCCAAAUGGCCUAAUUCUGCUCCUAUUCCUUAUGACCUAAGCCGACAAUUGUUUGAAUAAUAUUUUUCAACAGCUACAAAACUGAUAAUUAGAAAAGAGUAUUUUAAUCUACUGAUUUACCAUGAAGACCACAGAUUCUCACAUUUAAGUUCUCGCUGGUUGGCAUAAAUCUUUUGGUUGGGAUUUGCUUUGAAAUGUGUGUGUAACGGAGAUGAACAAUGUUUCAUAAUCAUUCAGAUUUUGCGUGGUGAAUGCUCUUCUUACCCUGUCUGUGAGAUCUACAUUCGACCUUUGAGAUUAGGACUGUUGUUCCCAACCACUUUGUAAAUGGAGCCUUUUUUAACCUUGCAAUUCACUUUACACAGUGAGGUGAAUUUGUUCAUAAUACAAAGCAAUUCCUUCUUUCUAACGUUCCAUGGAUUAGAGCGAAUAACUACAAAGAUGCAAUUCAACGGGGCUUGAAAAAAAUGGAAGUAUCUGCAUUAAAUCAAACUCUUGAACAGCUCAAUAUGCGGUACCAUCCAUUAAUAGCAUAUUUUUAAUAUGUUAUGAAUUGGAAAGUUUAGUACGAUGUACAAAAUGGUAGUGUGCAGCCAUGUAUAAAUUAGUUCAGCUUAGUUUAUUGUCACGUCAGGUGCAGUGAAAAUCUUUUGUUGCGUGCUAUCCAGUCAGCAGAAAGCCAAUACAUGAUUUCAAUCGAACCAUUUACAAUGUACAUGAUAGGGGAAUAACAUUUAGUGCAAGGUAAAGCCAGCAAAGUUUGAUCAAGGAUAGUCCGAGGGUCACCAAAAGAGGUAGAUAGUAGAUAAUUAGACUGCAAAUUAAUUAAAUUUAAAACAAAAUGCUGUAAGUUGCAAUUGAUGAAAUACUUGAGUCGUUGAACUUGAAUCUGUGUUUGAAAACUAGCUCCAAAUUGCAAGGGUAGUGUUUAGGGCCUCUUCUUUGUUCAUUCAUCAUAUUAUUACACCAUCAAAGUCAAAUCUGAUUAUUGGCCAUACCAUCCCAGGAUAGCUGGGAUUAUAGUUUGAUGCAAAUGAUGAAAUCAGUUUAACAAGUGUCAUAAAUAAACCAACAUUAAACAUUCUAGUUAGUCAACCACUGCCAAAGAGAAAUGGCAGAUUUGACAUUCAUCACAGGCCGAAGUAAUUCCUACAAACAUGAGGAAGAUACCCUGAGCACGUAGUAAAAAUUACAGAUUCCGGCAAAUCUUUUUGUUGGAUUUCAGCUCCCUUUAGAAAAAAGUAAAGUAAAAUAAACGCACCACUUGAUACUUGCUGGCACACUUGUUGCCUGGUUUGCAGCGAUGAGUCUGUACAUUUGAUGCAUGGUUUGCGGUCCUGUCUGUGCAUUUGUUUCCAGCUGGGUAACCUUUCCACUUGUGCCUUGAUAUGUAAAAGUCAAAUGACACCAUUACAUUGUUGCUCAUGCCUCUGUCACUCCCUCCACCUUAUCCACAACACACUAAAAACUGUCGUCUUGCAAGUCGGGUCUCUGUAUACAGGUCCACAACCAAUUUUCCAGCAACUGGUGGUCUGGCCACUCCUCUUGAAUCGUGACAAAAUCCCCCCCAUCUACAGCCAGUAUUGAUGACUGUGGAGAUAUUUGUUGCAUUGUGCUGAUAGGAUGGGCAAGUUAUCACUUGGUAUUCUUUCUUCUAGUGAGGCAGCACAGUGGUGCAGCGGUAGAAUUGCUGCCUUACAGCACCAGAGACCCAGGAUCGAUGAUGACUCUGGGUGCUGUCUGUCCGUUCUCAACGUGACCGUGUGGGAUUGCUCUGAGUGCUAUGGUUUUUACCACAAAGACGUACAGGUUUGAAGGUUAAUUGGCUUUGGUAGAAUCAAAAAUUGUUU